GAGACGGCGGGCCAUGGCGCGGGUGCUGAUCGUGGGCGCCGGGCUGACAGGCAGCCUGUGCGCAGCGCUGCUGAGGAAGGAGGCGUGCCGUCCUUUGCACCUCGUUGUGUGGGACAAGGCUGGGGACUCAGGGGGAAGAAUGACUACAGCCAGCAGUCCUCAUAAUCCACAGAGCACAGUGGACUUGGGUGCCCAGUACAUCACCUGCACUCCUCAUUAUGCCACAAAACACCAAAGUUUUUAUGAUGAACUGUUAGCCCAUGGCAUUUUGAAGCCUCUGACCUCUCCUAUUGAAGGAAUGGUGAUAAAAGAAGGAGAUUGUAACUUUGUGGCACCUCAAGGAGUUUCUUCAGUUAUUAACCAUUACUUGAAAGAAUCAGGUGCUGAUAUCUACUUCAGACAGUGUGUGACCCAGAUCAACCUGAGAAAUGACAAGUGGGAAGUCUCCAAGGAAACAGGCUCCCCUGAGCAGUUUGAUAUUGUUGUCCUCACGAUGCCAGCUCCUCAGAUUCUGCAGCUUCAAGGUGACGUCACCAACUUAAUUAGUGAAUGCCAAAGACAGCAACUGGAGUCUGUGAGCUACUCCUCUCGCUACGCUCUGGGCCUCUUUUAUGAAGCUGGCACGAAGAUUGAUGUCCCUUGGGCUGGGCAGUACAUCACCAGUAAUCCCUGCAUUCGCUUCAUCUCCAUUGAUAAUAAGAAACGCAAUAUAGAGUCAUCAGAAAUUGGGCCUUCCCUUGUGAUCCACACCACUGUCCCAUUUGGAGUUACAUACUUGGAACACAGCAUUGAAGAUGUGCAGGAGUUAAUCUUCCAGCAGCUGGAAAAUAUUUUGCCUGGUUUGCCUCAGCCAGUUGCUACCAAAUGCCAGAAAUGGAGACAUUCACAGCAAGCACCAAAGGAAAACAUUGCUGACACAGAAUUACCUUAUAGAAGAAAGAAAAAUGUACCAACCUUAUCCUCAGUAGAGGAGAUAAAUACAACAUUCUCCCUGCUUGGUCUCUAUUCAGUCAAUAGGUGAUCUCAGAAAGUCCCUACUUUAUGCUGCCUGCCACUCUUUGGGAAGUUCUUUGGAGGGUGGGGGAAUAUGGGAGAACUGCUCUGCAGUUUGGAACUGCCUAAUAAACUCUUGUUCUUCAUUUAUCAUUUUGCCUAGUGUUUAAAGGUUUCUGCCUAUCAAGCCAAAAAUUUGAGCAAAGAAAUGCAUCAGGCUAAAGAAGCCUGAUGAUUCUGUUUUAUGGUUUUGUUUUUUGUGAAAAGCUGGAGUCAUACAUAUUGAAAUUUAUUAAAACUAGACAAUUGAAUUACCUGAGAGGGAGGGUAACUGAGUUUCAAUUUAAAUAAUUAUUAACUAGAAAUCUGUUUUUGCAUCAGCUUCUGCAUUUCUGUCUUUCAAGAAUGCUUGGUUCACUUCUUUUCUCUCUUUUUUUAAGUGCCUAUGGUAUACAUGGCAUAUUAAUGAGUGAAUCUUGCAAAGCCUUGGAAUCAGGAUUUCUUUAGAAUGUAGUAAGCUCUAUGGUAACAGAGGUUUUUGCCUUUUUUUCUUCACUUUGGAAUCCCCGGUAACCAGAACAGUGCCUGUCACAUAUUGAAUGAAUAAUCCAAGAACAUUCAGACCAUCAGCAAUUAGGAAGCUAUGUUAUAUAAUUAAAAGAUGUAGCAAAAGAAAUGAAAAACUAACAUUUUAUCAAAUCUAACAAGAGACUAGUAGAGAGGCUGAAUUAUAAAUACUCAAAGAUCGAUAAUUUUUCUGUAUGUCAUACUAACCGAUGCAAAUAUAUCUUGUAUAUAUUUUUAUUAACAAAAAACAUAGUAUACAAAAGAAUAUCUCCAGGAAAAUAUAUCCAGAAUUUUUACAUUUAAAAUUUUAAUGAUAUGUUUAAAAAUUUGAAUAAGUAGAAAAAUAUACAUGUUCCUGCAGGGGAUACUGAAUAUUUUUCCAUUUUCCUCUAAUUAAUCUAUAGAUUAAACAUAAUCACAAUGAGAUUUUGUUAAUACAAAAAAAUAAUUCUAAAGUUCACCUGGAAAAAAAUUAACAGGUGAAAGUAGUAAGUUUAUGAGCAAGCAGGUCAUAAGCAUUGAACUUAUCAGCUAUUAAGAUAUAUUGUAAAAUUAGAUAAAUAAAACAAUUCACUAUUGAUUCUAGAAUUGACACAGAUCAAUGGAAAUAAUGGCUAUAAAAGCACUUAACAUAAUAAAAGGAAGCAUUACAGAACUAAUGAGAAAGGAAGAAUUAUUUAACAAAUGAUUUAAGGAAAAUCGACUAUUUGGUUAAAAAAGAAGAAAGAAAGACAAACAGGAAAAAGAAAUCAAAUGUGAUUCUGUUCUUAUACCUACCAUAUAUUACAAUAAUUUCUAGAUGGAUUAAAGAGGCAAAUAUAAACAAAUAUACAUCUUCCCCUAAGGAAGAAGAAAGAAAGGAAAAUUUAGAUAAAUAUUCAAAACCCUUAGAAAACAAAACUAAAAGUUUACAGACCUGUAUUGAAAAAAACUUGUAAAUGACUUACAGUAAAAGUAUUAAUAUCUCUAAUACAGAGAAAACAUUAACAAAAUGUUAAAACUUUAGCUCAAUUUUUUAAGAAUUAAAUUUGUUUAAUUUAAAAUAUCUUUUAAAGUAUUAAAAACACUAAACUGAAAAGAUAUAUGUACCCCCAUGUUCAUUGCAGCAUUAUUUACAAUAGCCAAGAUAUGGAAACAACCUAAGUGUCCAUCAGUGGAUGAAUGGAUAAAGAAAUUGCUAUAUAUAUAUUUGUUCUUUUCCCUAUUGAUGGACAUUAAGUUGCUUUAAACUUUUACUCUUGCAAACAUUGUGGUAAUAAAGGUCUUUGCGCAUGUCUCUUUGUACACUUGUGCAAGAGUUUUUACAAGGCAUAAUGUUAAAAUGUAUUAAAAUUGAAUUGUGAGUUCAAGGGAAUAUGUUAUAUAUUUUUUCUACUCUGUAAUGUUUUUAAUAAUUUGGAAAUUAACUUAAAAAUAUUAUAAAGAGUACCUUAAAGCCAACUGAUGACAUUUUCCCAUAAUUGAAAUGGGUACGUCCAGGUUGAGAUAGGCUGAGAGAUUGGGGAGCCUGCCUGGUAGCAGAUCCUCAAGGAGGUAGCAAGACCACUAUGUAGCCAGAACCCAAUGCAUUUCAAGUCUACUCAUUUUCCAGGGAAGCAAAGAGCCACUAAGGGUGCAGACAAGGAGCUAUCAAAGGCAAUUGUGGUGACCUUGGGAUUGCUCAACAGUCCUCUAGUUUCCUGGCACCAAGCGGGUGUGAUUCUAGGAAGUAAGAAGACUCCCCCGACCAAGUGACAGACUGAAUUUCCCAUCUGGCUGCUGGAAAUCAGAGCAGGCUGUCAUAUUUUAUUUGAUUAAGGAGAAGAAAACUACAAUGAGACACCACUUCAGAGCCAUUUGAUGGCUUUUAUCAAAAAACAAACAAGCUAAACAUAACAACAGAAAAUAACAAUUGUUGGUGAGGAUGUGGAGAAAUUGAAACCCUUGUGCACUGCUGAUGGGAAUAUAAAAAGUGCAGCCACUGUGGGAAAUGGCAUGAUGGUUCCUCAAAAAUUUCAAAAGAAUUACCAUAUGAUCCAGCAAUCCUACUUCUGGGUAUAUACCCGAAAGAAAUGAGAGCAGGGACUUGAGUAGAUAUUUGUACACCCAUAUUCAUAGCAGCAUUACUCACAAGAGCCAGAAGGUGGAAGCAAGUCAAGUUGCUUCCAUCCACAGAUGAAUGCAUCAACAAAAUGUGGUAUAUACACACAAUGGAAUAUUAUGCAUCCUUAAAAAAGGAAGGAAUUCUGACACGUGCUACAACAUGCAUAAACCUUGAAGACAUCAUGCUACCUGAAAUAAGCCAGUCACAAAAGGACAAAUACUAUGUGAUUUCACUUAUGGAAGGUUCCUAGAGUAAACAAAUUCCUAGAGACAGAAAGUAGUAUGGUGGUUGCCAAGGGCUGGAGGAAGCAAGGAGUGGGGAGUUAGUGUUUAAUAGGUACAGAGUUUUAGUUAAGAUGGAGAAGGCCUGGAGAUGGAUGGUGAUGAUGGUUGCAGAAUAAUAUGAACAUACUUAAUGCCACAGAACUGUACACUUUAAAAUGGGAAAUUUUAUGUUGUGUAUAUUUUACCACAAUUUAAAAAGAGAAGUAUAAACUGAUUUUUUUUUUCAUUUAAGGAAAGGGGUAGGAGGGCAUUUACAAACCUAUAAGAGAAGCAUGAGGCCCCCUCGCUCCAGCAGAAAAAAAUAGGUUCAGUCUGUUUCUUUCCCCCUUAACAUUCUGUUUAACAGAAAUGGCCAAAAAGAUGGUAAAAAAUUCACACACAUACACACACACGAACAUGUUUUGCCUGGUAAAUAAUCAAAAUAUAUACACAUGUGUAUGUAUAUAUGCCUAUGUGUAUAUAUAUGUAUGUGUUUAUAUAUAUAUAUAUAAAGAUGUAAAAAUCAUGUUCUGACUCAUGAGUAAACAAAGGAAUAAUAGGUUAGAAACCACAACAAAAAUGCAAUUUUUAACCUAUCAAAUUGACAUCUUUUAAAAAUUACUAACUUCUAAAAAGAAAUCAAAACUGACUCUUAGAAGUUAAAAUUUUCAUAACCUCUCUGCAUAGUAAGUUGGCAAUACGUAUCACAUUUUUAAGCAUUUUUUUUGACUCGAUAAUUACACUUCUAGGAAUCUAGCUUAAAUAAUCAAGGAUGCAGAAAAUAAUUUACUUAUAAUAUGUUUAUUUAAGCAUUAGUUAGGAUAGUGAAAAGCUGGAAACAACCUAAAUAAACACUUAUAGGAAAUGGUUGAAUAAAUUCCAAUGGAUCAAGACAGUGAAAUUUAAUGUAGUCAUUUGAAAAUGUGCUCUCGAAGCAUACUUGCCUGUCUGAAAUAGUUCUAUGAUAUAAUGUUAAGAGAAAACACCCCAUAUAUGUAACAGUAA